CGGAAAAUUGGACUGAAACUCAGAGAUCGAGCUUGUCUGCCCGCUGAUUUGUGACCUCGCCGUGUUUGGUGUGAAGAGCCAUGAGCCUGUCCGUGAUGAGCGCGGGGCCGUUCAGGAAGCCGCUCCACAUGCGCGCCCCGCCGGUGCCGCAGGGCCGCAGACACACGCUGCCCGCCAGCGAGUUCCGCUCCCUCAGCCCGGAGGACGCCAUCAGCGUGUUCGAGAUCGAAAGAGAAGCCUUCAUCUCGGUGUCCGGCGAGUGUCCCCUCCACCUGGACGAGGUGCGUCACUUCCUCAGCCUGUGUCCCGAGCUGUCUCUUGGCUGGUUCGAGGAGGGCCGGCUGGUGGCGUUCAUCAUCGGCUCACUGUGGGACCAGGAGCGGCUUACCGAGGACGCCCUCACGCUGCACAAGCCGCACGGCACCACGGUCCACAUCCACGUCCUGGCCGUCCACCGCACCUUCCGCCAGCAGGGGAAGGGCUCCAUCCUCAUGUGGCGCUACCUGCAGUACCUCCGCUGCCUGCCCUUCGUCCGCCGCGCCGUGCUCAUGUGCGAGGACUUCCUGGUUCCCUUCUACCAGAAGUCCGGCUUCAAGGUGCAGGGCCCCAGUCAGAUCACGGUGGGGCCCCUGACCUUCAUUGAGAUGAUGCACCCAGUCAGGGGCCACGCCUUCAUGCGCCGCAACAGCGGAUGCUGAGGACCAGGAUGAGCUCUGUCAUGGUGGACGCACCCACACCAGUGUGAAAACAAGUUUGAGUAAUUUUGUUGUGCGAUCAGUGGUUGUGAUCAUCGCCGGGAGGGAAAGUCGUUCAGCAGGCGGCGAGCUGAAAGACGGACCCAGAGACUAAACGAAGGUCCUGAUUUGUCGUUUGGGUUUUCAUCAAUGUCAAAAUCACCGAGCAAAGAAUGUAAACACUUAAGUUGUUUUUUGUUGUUGUUGUUGUUGUUGUUAAAAAGUAUUUACAUUUUUAUCUGGAUAAAUGCUGGACGUUUAUUCAUCUUGCAGAGUAGCGAGCAGAUGCCUUUCUUUUUUUUGUCUUGCACUGUUUUACAUAUGUUUGUAUCUAACAUGGUGACUCCAAAUAAGGACAUAAUUAGUUAAAUAUUUUCAUGCUUUAGUAAAAUUACAAAAUGUUAACAAAAUGCUACAAGAGGCUGUACGAGCAUAUUUUUCUGUUUUAAACUCAGAUUUGUACAAGUAUAUACAAAAAAAAAAUCUGAUGAACAAUGAUGCUUAUCUGAACAGUGUCUCUGUUAGAUUCGCGAAUAGUCACCACCUUU